AUGGGUGCCACUUAUGUGACCGAGACCUCUGUGAGGGCGACGGGGAUCACCAUGAUCAUUCUGACCACCUUCGUCGCCGCCUUCCGCAUCUUUGUCUCGGUCGAGCAGCAACGGAAGUUCAGUUGGGACGACGGCUGGCUUUUGGCCGCCUACAUCUUCUUCCUAGCGCUUUCUAUUCUGUACAUCGUGGCCGCGCCGACAAUGUUCAGACUCACUAAGCUUGCGAACGGGCAGAUCCCACUGUACCCGACGGUCGCCGAAGACGGGCUCUUCAUCCAGAAGAUCUUCUUCGUCACGACCUCGGGAUUGUGGCUCUGUCUGUGGAGUGUCAAGUUCUCCUUGAUGGCCGUCUACAAAAAGUUGAUGAUAGCCUUGCCACGGAAGAUCAGAUUGUGGUGGGCUGUGGUUGUAUUCUGCCUGGUGGUUCUGGCUGGCGCUAUCACCUCCUCGAUGCUGUCUUGUUCGAGCAUGAAAGCUUGGUUCACAGCUGGUGCUUGCUCGACUCCGCGUGAUGUCAAAGCUGCAAGUAUCAGCCUUUGGUAUGCUUAUGCAGUUGACAUCCUCACCGAUCUCAUGAUAAUGCUGCUGCCCCUCGACCUCAUCUGGAAAUUGAAAAUGCCGCGGACUCAGAAAAUGAGCAUCGGUGCUCUCUUCUGCCUGGGAUUUGUUUGCAUCGUGGUAGCGACAAUUCGAGUCAAGGAGCUUGGGAGCACGGUCAACAACAGUCAACCCAGCACAACUUGGCUAGCGCUAUGGGGCAUCGUCGAGUCCUCUAUAGCUGUUUUAAUUGGCUGCGGCCCAGGCCUUUACCGUAAAGCCAGAGCGAUCUAUCAAACUCGUCAUGGAUCGAGACCCUCUCGCGGCUAUGACCGAUAUGCAAACAGCAAUUCCGCCAGAGUCCAGUCGCAAAGCAUUGCUCUCGAAAGUUAUCAAUCGAAGAAAGCUCGUACGAACAUUACAUCAAAUAUCAACGACGCUGCCAGCAGUCAAGAAGAGUUGGCAAAUACAAACCUUGAGCCUGGUAUCGGCGAUACCAAGAUGGCAACUGAGAGCAUCAAAGAGCGUGACGUGGAUUCCGUGCGCCAUUGGGAUGACAGGCCUCAUGCAUAUUAA